AUGCAGACAUGUCAGCACUGCCGUCGGUCGCUCGAGAGCGAGCUGCUCAGCGCGCCAGUAUUGGGCGAGUCGUACGUGCUUCUUCCAACCGCGAGCGCGUCUCAGAGCAUGUUGCUGUUGCAGAAGCUGCCAGCGGGUUCUGGGAUGGCGCCGCCCGAGAUGGAUGAGUCAGGAGCUUUUGGAGAGGAUUUGUACGCGAGUGCGCGCUACAAUCUCUCGCUGCAGCAACAGCACGAGGAGGAACAGAAACGACAACAGACGCAACGGCGUCAGAAGCUGCAGCAGCGACAGCGACGUCAAGAGCAAAUGUUGAGGGACAGCUACACUGCUGAUGCUACCGGGAGAUGCUUUGAGGAUCAUGUGGGUUGUUCCAGUCACCGAGAGGCACAUUUUCAAGCAAUGGACGACAGUUUAGUGGCUGUUCCGACGUACGCUGAUCUCAGUCAUCGCGUCAAGCUGCUUACGAUGCAACAGGCGCAUUGCGUGGGGCUGCCCGUGACGACGCCAGUGUGCAAGGAGUGCAUGGACGGCAUGGUCACGAUGAUUGACGGACGUGCUGAACGGGCUCGAUAUGAAAAGCGCUGCUUUGUGGGGUUCCUUCAUAAAACGACGAGCUUGAGUGUGCGCAGUGACGCUAUUGACCAAAUCGAUGACAAGAUCCGCUUCCAUGAGAGUGAGGUGAAUGCUUUGGAGGAGAAUUUAAAGUUAAUGGAGGACGAGAGGAAGGCUCUAGCUGAGCAAGAAGAAGCUAUGGACAAAGAGGAAAAUGCGCUCGUACGUGAAGAAGCUGACUUGUGGCAUCAGCUGAACGAGUUGCAGCUGCAAGAAGUCGCUUACAACGAAAUGCGGGACACUGGUACAGCGCAAGUCGAUGCGAUGGAGUGCAAAGUGUCGCAGGCCAAGCAUUUGAACAUUCUGACAGACAUGUUCGUCAUUGGCAAUGACGGCACUUUCGGAACUAUCAAUCAUUUUCGUAUGGGUCAUUCAGCGUCGUUCUCGGUGGAAUGGAAUGAGAUAAACGCAGCUUUUGGUGAGUGUGCUUUGCUACUGCAGACAUUGGCGAGCAUCGUUGGUCUGGAGUUUUCGGACUUUAAGAUUGUGCCGCUCGGGAGCUAUUCGAAAAUGAUCCGAACAAGUAAUCUUCGUAUGGAGUACUGCCUACACGGUUCGGACCAGCAAAACUUUGCUGAGUCUCACUUCAACUUGGGUCUAGGUGCAUGGAUCACAUGUAUUGGCCAACUAAUGGCGUUUGUCCGUCUUCGAGACCCAUCCAUCCGAUUUCCUUACAAGGUUGCAAAGCAUUCCAUCGGAGGUUACUCGAUUCUGUUCUUGAAAAACAAGCACAAGGAGUGGACCAAGGCGCUCAAGUAUGCGCUCACUAACUUGAAGUGGGUACUCAUGUGGGUCUCGGCGCGUGGAUUCAGUAUGGCCACGCCGGGCACUAUCACUUCAACCACCUGCACUGCUUUAGGCAGAGCUACUAUUGCUCCUGCUGCCAGUCCCAGUGCUACAAUUGGACGCUCCGGCGGUGCAAACCAGAGCGUUGUGGCUACGGAGCGCUUCUCGUGA